AUGUCUCUUGAGUCUAGCUUUGUUGCAGAACAACAUACAAGGCCCUUAUGGAAAGAGCUAUAUGAAAUAUGUUGGUCCUUUUACGUGAAGAAUCACUGGAAUGCAGAUAAAUUCAAAGAAAUCAUAAGAGAUGUACAAAAGAGCGACGAUCCUCAACUCAUAAGAUUUCUGCUAUGGUUUAAUGAUGCACGGACUCGUACUAAUUUUAAUGACAGAUUUGAGUGGUUGACUUCUUUCCACCGCGGCAGACGUUAUCCUCCUUUGCGCUCUGAUUUGGAAGUUAGAGAGGCAUGGAACAAUUUAAGUGAACUUGAUACUUUGGUAAGGUACGGAAAUGAGCCCAUUUCAUUAUACAAAUUUGAUUCACUUGUUACUGAGAGUUUUGAAAAGAUUACUCAGAAUGUUAAGGUUAAUGAUUGCUCAUUGGUAUGCAGUUUGAUAAAUGCUCGAGAAAAGGGACAAUUGCAUUAUUACUAUUCAAAAGACAUUAUGAAUAUCACAUUUUAUUUCAAUGGCUGCUCACGGCUUGUUUCUGUGCUUUCAAAUUCGAGUUUCCCAAAGUUAACGCAUGAUGGUUCCAUCUUAACGUUGUACUCUAACAAGAUCGAAGACAGAUUGAUUGAACUAGCAUAUUUUGAGAUUAAAAAUGAUAGAGAUUAUAACUACAAUGGGUCUAAUACAGCAGCAGAUACAUACUUAAUAACAGGAUGGAUUCCAGAAAUAUUUGACAUUCGCUCUACUACUCCAGGGGAUUUGAGAAAACUUGUUGAUACUGAUAACUCCAUGUUAGCAAUUGGUAGUGAAGCAACUACAAAUGCUAAUAUACCGGGGUUCCACGAUUUUGUGAUCUCCUCCAUAGACUGGGAUGAUAAUAGUAUCAAUAUCUCUAACCCACAUACAUCUGAACCACCAGUUUCCUACACUUGGACGGAACUAUUGCAUAAAUUUAAAUGGUUAUAUGUUAACUGGAAUCCAUCAGCCAAAUACACUACUCACAAAAGACUUCAUGACAGAUAUUUGGAGUCUUUUAAUAAAUACCCUACAUGGACACAGAAACCACUGAUUAAAGUUACUAACAAUUCUUCCUCUAUUCAGGCAUGUCACUUGUUUUUGGAAAGACAUCUAUAUGACAAGGAUCCCCCAAAUUCUGACCUCAUUUUGGGAGAAUUACCUAGGUCAGGGUUCACAACUGUUGAGGCAAGAGGUAAUAACACUGGAUUUUACAAUAUAGAGUUGACUUUGGAACCCAACGAAACCAGAACUUUUUUUUACCAUUCGGAUACAAAGUGUAACUUGACAUUCCAUUUAUUAGCAAACUCCGAUAACGUUCUCAUAUCCAAAACGAAAAGCGAUAUUACUACUAUCGAAUCAAGUUGGAAUAUCACUAAUAAUAGCUACCCCAUAGAAUCCAGUGAGUUGUUUAAAAAUCCGGCAUUUAAAUUAAACGUGAAUGGCUCCGAUGAUAUAUUCUUGGACUUGGAGCUUGUGUCUCAACACCUUGCAAAAGUUAACUUCGAGGUUUUCGAAACAAUGGAUUAUGCUUUUCAAAAGCCACUUUCAAGAAACAAACACUACGCUCCUCAGAUUUGUUCUGAAAGUAGCUUAAGGCUAAUCCCUGGUAUUGAAUAUUAUGUCCUCUGUUCGUUAGAGUAUCCUGUUGAAACACCUUUCAUUCUUACUCUGCGAGGUUCAAGUCCUGAGUAUAAAUUUAAUAUCACACCGUAUUCUCUAGCAUUUGGUGGAUUAAGAUACAAUAAAUCAAUUCACUUCAAACAGAAAUUAAUUAUUGACAUUCAAAACUUCACAAAGACUUACUUCAUAAUAUACCAGAGCAAUUUUGCUGCCUCACAGAAACUUCCUACACCGCAACUGCUCAGAAUUCAACUUUACGACAGUGAAACUAAAACUAUUAUUCAUGAUAACACUUUGCAAAGUCAUGACCUCUCUUUGAAUCCAUAUGUGCUUCCAAAUAUUGAACUUCGCCCAUCUAUUUACACACUUGAAGUUGAUUGUAACAACUCUGUUCUCACUGCCAACGUUGGAUCGUCGCAUAAAAUUGAUAUUCAGUCUUCGGUUACUGGGUACGGCUUGUAG